AAAAACUAUAUACACUAUAUAAUCUUUGUUUUCGGUUUUGCAUGAGAGAAAAUAACAGAUAAGCUAGGGGGAAUCUCGGAAGACUCAAAGGUGGAUCGACGACAAGGGAAGAGGCCGUUGCCGUCCGAUCAUGAAUCGGAAGCGAAAGAGGAAGCCGCCGUCCAUCAGUUCUACGCGGCUAGGUCUCAACAAGAGACCAGUGCCAUGGUUCAAGCCCUAACUCAAGUUAUUGCCAACGAUAACAAUCCACUGCUUCUUAAACUUCAUCGUUAUGAUCAAAAUCAAUCUCAGCAUCAACAAGUUCAACCUCAAGGAAAGGUGAGGAGAAUGCAGUAUAGAGGCGUUAGGAAAAGGCCAUGGGGCAAAUGGGCGGCUGAAAUAAGAGAUCCGAACAAAGCUUGUCGCGUCUGGCUCGGAACCUUCGCAACAGCCGAAGCGGCCGCCUCAGCUUACGACGAAGCUGCUCUUAGGUUUAAAGGAAGCAAAGCCAAGCUUAACUUCCCCGAAAGAGUUCAUCGGAAACCCGAAUCCGGUUGUCUCACAACUAGCUACGAAGUCCAACCGCCGCUAGCUUUACUUCCUACUCCUCCACCACCACCACCACCAUUUUCCGAUCAGUACGCACAGCCACAGCUUCUUGGCGGCGGAAGCAAUGGAUUAAACUAUGGUUUAUCAGGUGGUGAAUAUGGUGGAGCUUUCAGCACAACCCUAUCUUCAUCUUCCACAAUGUUAACAUCUCGACAGCAACUACAACAAGAGGAAUUGUAGUUCGGUGGCUCAUCUCCGAGUCCCGAUCCUGCUAAGAACAAG